UUAUCGAUACUGGGCGCCAGCUGUUCGGCGAAUGUUACGUGAUUUCUUAUUUGUUACUUUGUUAAAACUCGAGUAAAAUGAAUCAAGCCGAUGUAACAAAGCUCAUGUCACAGCUGCGUAUAGCGGUCAGACCCAAUAAACGCAACUUGAAGAAUGCCGAUGGCCCGGAAGGCCGGCUGCUGAAGCUGCGUAAGACUGUGACUGCGUUGGUGAAGCACGAGCGUAUUGAACUGUUCUACAACCGUGCCGAUGAAGCUCGUGGCUACGCCGAACUGCUCAUUUCCAAUGCCAUUCGCCAUGGGGACCGACACCAAGCCACCAUGGAACUGGCGGACUAUUGGCUGCUGGAGAAGCAACUGGUCCAUAAGCUCUUCAAGGUGCUGGUGCCGCGCUAUGAGAACUACAAUGUGUCCUUCACUCGCAUGUACAAAGCUCCUCGUGACUAUCCCGGCAUUUACUACAAGCGGUCUGUGCUGGAGCUUCGGGGCAAUCCCUACCCUACGCUAGCAACGGAUCAGUCUCAGAACCGGAAUCUGCUGCACAAUGUGCUUCUUGACGAGGCGAGAAAGGAGUUUAGACGUCAAAAACUGUCGGAGUUAGUUCACAAAUAGGUCCUUUCGCUGGUCGCCUGUUUAUUUAGUUGAUUAACAAGCAGAUUGUUGCUUAGAAUUCACGUAAGACUUAAAAGCCUCUUUAUUAUAAAUGUAUGUAUACACAAA